GCUCCACCCCGUGUGUGUAUAUGUGUGUGUUUUUCUUUCCUUUUUUUGAAACUAAAGCUGGAUGCGUAGAGCGUCACAUGUUGUUUUUCCUGGCCGGUAUGCGUUACACUGUGCUAAACUGUAUCAGAUGCGGAGCGGGCGGAUGAGAUAAGAGUGUACCGACGCACUUCGGAGCAGAUCGCAAUAGGGAGCAGAAAGUGAGAGUUCAGGGAGCCGGGAUGGCGAGUCCGCCGCAUGCCGGCGACGGCGUUGAGAAGUGCGGCUAUCUGAGGAAACAGAAGCACGGACACAAACGCUUCUUCGUGCUGAAGGCGCCGGGCGACGGCUGCCCUGCUCGUCUGGAGUGCUACGAGAACGAGAAAAAGUGGCGAAACAGGUCGGCAGCCCGGCGGGUCAUACCGUUAGACUCCUGUCUGAACAUCAGCAGGAGAGCGGACGCCAAACACCGGCACCUGAUCGCCCUCUACACCAAGGACGAGUACUUCGCUGUAGCUGCCGACUGCGAGCUGGAGCAAGAGGAAUGGUACGCAGCGCUGGCGGGUUUGAUGACUGGAGGGAAAGUACACGCCGGCUCAGAGUCGUCUUUGGUGGGAUUGGAGGAUGCCGACUAUGGCAUGAUCACGCCAGCGAGCGCAGCUUAUAAGGAAGUAUGGCAGGUAAAUUUGAAAUCUAAAGGACUGGGGCAUAGCAAGAACCUGACAGGGGUGUACAGACUGUGCCUGUCCAGCCGGACCAUCAGCUUUGUUAAGCUGAACUCAGAGGUCGCCUCUGUGGUUCUGCAGCUCAUGAACAUACGGAGGUGUGGACACUCGGACAGCUUUUUCUUCAUUGAGGUGGGCAGGUCUGCCUCCACCGGACCUGGUGAGCUCUGGAUGCAGGCAGAUGAUUCUGUGGUGGCGCAGAACAUACACGAGACUAUCUUGGAGGCUAUGAAAGCAAUGAAGGAGCUGUGCGAAUUCCGGCCGCGGAGUAAAAGCCAGUCCUCGGGCACCAACCCCAUCUCUGUGCCCACUAGGCGGCACUUGAAUAACCUGCCUCCCAGCCAAACCGGGCUUCUCAGGAGGUCCAGGACGGACAGCGCUGCAGCUACGUCCCCCGUUGGGAAGUUCAGCUCCUGUCGCGUCAGGACUGCCAGCGAGGGGGAUGGCACCAUGACCCGGCCCGUAUCUGUGAACGGGAGCCCUGUCAGCCCCUGUGCCAGUCGGGCCCCUCUGGGGAGGUCUAACACGGUCACGGCACGGCCCAGCCGCAUGUUCGAGAUGUCCGCGUUGCAGCACAGCAAGUCCAUGUCCAUGUCCUCCCCACCGUCGAUCGCCAGCCCGGUGAGCCUCUCCUCCAGCAGCGGCAAUGGCUCCGCCUCCGAUGCCCUUCCGAGGCCUCCCAGCGCUUGUGCAUCUGUGUCUGGCUCCCCCAGUGAUGCUGGGUUCAUGUCCUGUGAUGAAUACGGGUCCAGUCCCGGUGACCUGAGGCCACACCUAGGGAACAGGAGCGAUACGCCAGAGUACAUGACCGACACGCCCCCUUCACGUGAUGGCAGUGACCUGAAUGGCUAUGAGUUGAUGGAGAGGCAGGCCGGGGAGUGCUGGCGGAAGUGCCGCGAUGAGGAGUCUGACAAGGCGUACAGGAAGCGGACUUACUCGCUCACCACGCCACCCCAGCAGAGGGCGCCCUCACAAGUUUCCUCUACCUCUCUGGAUGAGUACACGUUGAUGAGAGCGACGUGUUCCACCCUCUCUGGCCGGGGAUUACGCAAUGUCUCUCCAAAAAUUGCAUAUCCAGAGGAUUAUGGAGAUGUAGAAAUUGGGUCCCUGAGGAGCUCGAGCAGUAACCUGGGUGACGAUGGCUACAUGCAGAUGACCCCAGGCGUGGUACCCCUGACUGGCAGGAGCGAAAACUAUAUGGCGAUGAGCCCCAUGACGGUUUCUGCUCCCAAGCAGAUAAUCAAUCCCAGGGUGCAUCCACCAAUGGCCGGCAGUGGGGGAAGGGUAGCGUCCCCCAGUGGCUCCCUGGAUGACAGUGGCUACCUCAGGAUGUUGUGUGGCCACAAGCUGUCCAUGGAGAGUUCUGACGGUAAGCUGGUGAACGGCGAGUACAUGAACAUGUCCCCCGUGGAGCCCUGCGUGUCCUUCACGCCCCCAGACUGCUUCCCAGGAUGCCUUGCCCCCGAAUUCCAGAGGACGUUCCCCUCUAGCAUGCUGCUUCACUCCCACCGGACCCCCACUAGGAACAGUGAUGACAACGACCAGUAUGUGAUGAUGAGGAGCCUGCAGGCUCCGAAAGCCGUGGACGAGAUGAGCUGCCGGGUCACGCCUGCCGAUUCGCCGUCACCCAGGCUAAGCUGGGGAGAGUCUCUGAGGGGGAGGGUCAAUCGGCCCACCAGACUGUCCCUGGAGACGGUGAGGACCCUGCCAAGCAUGCAAGAACUUCCUCUUCCCAAGGAACCGAAAAGUCCGGGUGAAUAUAUCAAUAUAGACUUCAGUGAGGCUGCAAGGUGUUCCUUCACCUCACUGCCCUUGGGGGGCCGGGCCACAUCACCGCUUUCCAGCUGCGUGAACAUGGACCAAGCCACUGUGUCACCAAGUCCUGUAGUCGCCAGCAAUGGGGGUCUCCCAUCGCUUUCUUGCCCCCCUCAGUUGGAUGAGGUAAAGGAUGACUACACAGAGAUGUCCUUCACAGGUCCUGGGCCCCCCUCUCAGAGCACGGAUGGCACCCCCCAACCCAUCAGCCCCAGCGGCAGCAUGCAGCAGCUGACCCUCGAGGACCAGCCCGUGCCAGGAAUGGAGACGUUCCUGGUGCCCAUGGUCCAACCUGACCCGGACCGGGGUGCCAAGGUGAUCCGGGCCGACCCACAGGGGCGUCGUCGGCACAGCUCGGAGACAUUCUCAUCCACCACCACCGUCACGCCAGUCUUUCCCUCCUUCGCCCACGACCCUAGGCGGCACGGCUCGGCCUCCGUGGAGAACGUGUGGGCACGUGGCAGCCAGGGUUCCGACGGGGAAGCCGGGAGCCCCAUGUGCCGAGAGACCUCAGCCGGUUUCCAAAAUGGACUCAACUACAUCGCCUUAAACCUGAUGGACGAAAACCUGGGCGCCUGUAAGAGCUUGAUGCAGCUUAAAGCCACCAGCUGCUGCAAAGGGGGCAUCAACGCUUUGCAUGGUGUCCCAUUUGUCGGCCUGGCCUUCAAAGAGGCUGCUGCUGUGGUUAAAGAUUAGAGGAUGAACAGAAUGACUGCCCCCCCCCCUCCCACCACCCCCACCACAGAUGGGAGGACUUCGUGAAAUUGACUGGCAAACGGGCAGCCCACCCAAGCCUUUUGACCUUGCGCUGCUGUAGAUGACCCCAGACCUCAGAGGGUUCCCUUCGGAUCAGGAACCACACUGUCGCUGCUCGAUUGCGCUAGAAAACUAGUCCAAGAACUGUGAGGUAGAUUAAAUAUGUAAAUCGUGCGUGUUUUCUCACCCUCCCUGGUAUUUAAUUUGCAUCUGUUUGGGGUGAUCCCUGGAUCGCGACCAGUGAGAAGGUAUGAACAGAACUUGGAGAUGUGUGACAGGCAGCCCACUGGUCACAUACAUGUACAUUCGCGGACAACACCUUUAUUUAUUCAUGUGCAUAAAACAUUUGUGUGUCCCUGGUGUCAUCUUUGGUACGGUCCGAGUUUUCCACAAUUUCUUUCUGUUUAUAGUAAUUCAGUAAAUUAUUGAAGCCCUACCUCAGAGCAGAAAAGCCAGGUCACUGCGCAGAAACAGACAGAAAAUGAAACAAAUGUAAUUUAUUUUUUGAAGUCAGAUGUUUCAUAAUUUCAGUCCAAAGCCUUACAGACGUUGUUGUGAAGGUGGGUUCUGACUGGUCUUGAACACGUGGGAGACUUGGCCUUCUCUGCGAGUGCUGAAUGCGUCUAAAAGUCCAUCCUCAACCUACAGAUCAGAUGCUUAAAGAAAAUCACAAAUGUUUAUUUUGAUAUAAUGUGCUUAUAUUACAAGAAGAAAUCCAUCAGAGGGCAGUAGGUUGAGCCAGGGCGGGCAUGCGUAUUGGUUGCAAUGCAUUUUAACUUUUAAACCAAUAAGAGCAUCUGGGCACUGCACGCGUCGGCUGUUCGUGUCCGGCACCCGUAGUCCUCCUGUGACUCCACCUGCAUUCGCUGCUGAUCACUGCUCUCGAGCUGCACUGAAGGUGUUGUACUGACCUGAGCUCAUUGGCUGAGAAGACCAUCGUCAAAGCUGUUGAUUGGAUGACAGAUAUUGGGGAAAGUCAGAUGCUGAGAUGAUGGCUCUUUUAAUGGGUGUCGUGUGUUUCGGAUUGGAAACGGGGCUCAUCGGAAACCAAUGAGGGAUCUCAAUCCCGCAGCACUUGGUUUGUAACGUGUGGUGCGUGAAUGUAGAAUAUUGUGUACUUAUCUGGAGAUUCAGAAAUGGAACUCGACACUCAGGCCUGUGGACAGGAAGUGACCUCACUCGUUGUGCCCAGUGCUGUAUAUAUAGAGUGUACAUGUACAAAGAAUCCAGCCAAAUUACACUUAAAAUGGUCGAGUGGAUGCUGUACAACAAGGAUCUGUCACAGGCUCCCCUUCACGUGAUGGAAUUCCACUAAGAUAUUUUAUAACAAUGCUGUAUUAUUUUAAAAAUAAAGUAAUACUUGAUACUAAAGUAAGCCUUGCUACUUAGGUACAAGUUGUUAAUGGUAUAUGCAAUGUUAACAUUUUUUAAUGAUAAAGCUUAGUUUACAGAAUGAAACCAAAUGUAUAAAUAUCGUGUUAAUAUAUUUGUUAAAAUUUUAAUUAAAUUUUUGCUGUUUGUACAUUUUUUUCUGCCAACUUUAAAAGGAAGGUUUUUUUCCCGGUUUUGUUAUUGGAACUUAUCAGUAAUUUCAGUGUGACGUUUGUGUUCAUUGACAAGCCUGCUAAUAUUUUAGUGUCUUCCAUCGUACAUGUCAUGUGCUGGAGAUUGUGAUGCUUACGAGGUGAUGAUAACUCAGAACUAGUGUAGUUAAGUAUUGCUUUAGUCUGUAUCGAUUAUGGAUUGUUACCUGCAAUAAAAUAAAAAAAAACAUUAUUUAAGAAAA